AGAGUAAAACACCAACGUGCUUUGAUCAAGGGAAAACGAGGAUUAAAUUGUUAAUGAUACGUUAUUUGUAAGAUAUUUUGAUUCGUGUAUUGAUUCGUGGAUUAACAGACUUUUCAGGCAAGUUUCAUCCAGACAGCUAGAUUAGUUUUUGUCGUUUAAAAAAAUGUGGUCCUGUGCGCACAAGUUUAAUCUUAUUUGGGGGAGAAAUAUGCAAACACUGGUGCCCACCUCCAGAGUGGGCUUUCAGUCAGCUUCUUACCAUCGUACAGCCUGUCUCCUGAGUCCAGAGGACAGAGAYUUAGACUCUCACUCUCGUGUGGGGGAACGCCCCAGAAGGUCACCCAGUCUUGGGCAGAGGCCUAAAGGUGUGCAGGGCUCCAGGAGGUCAUCCCAGAGUAAACCCUCAAAGAUCAAAACUCCAUUGCUGCAGAAUCAGUGGACGGACGACACCUCCAAAGUCUCGUCAGAACUCAGGAAACUGUGUCUGGAAGAUUUCCCUGCAGAAAGGAAGAAGCAGAUGAGAGCAAAGGCAGCAGUGGACCCCAAAGGAGAGGUGGUCUUUGGCGUGGCCCCUUGUUUGUUGGCUCUCACUCAGCGUCGAAGAAAGGCCUACGAGCUGCUUGUGAAGGAUGGUAAGACCUCUCAGAGGGCAUCAGUGGUGAAGGUGUUUGAGGAGGCACGUCGGCAAGGAGUCCAAAUCACUCGGGUCAGCAAGUCAACACUGGACAGGGUGUCCUCCAGAGGAGUCCACCAAGGAGUUUGUCUGCGAGCGAGUCCUCUGAGCUUUCUUACAGUGGACUCUGAACCUGAAGUGGCCUCUGGCGUCCCUCUGUGGCUUGUCCUGGAGAGAAUCCUGGACCCGAUGAAUCUCGGUGCCAUCCUGCGCUCUGCCUACUUCCUGGGCGUGGACAGGGUGGUCAGCAGCCUUCACCACGGCUGUCCUCUUACUCCAGUGGUCAGUAAGGCCAGCUCGGGCGCCAUGGAGGUGAUGAGGGUGUACGGGCACAAGAACCUGGAGGACCUGCUGAAGCUGAAGGCGGCGGAGGGCUGGCAGAUAGUCGGGACGGUGGGAGCCGAGGCAGAGAGGCCCCGCAUUCCCGUCGUCCCGUGUUCAGACUUUAACCUGUCCAAACCCACCAUGCUGCUGUUGGGCUCCGAGGGGGACGGGCUGUCCCAGAGGCUGCUGUCUCUGUGCGAAACUCUGCUCACCAUCCCACCUGGAAGGGACCUGUGUCGGGGCAUCGAGUCUCUAAACGUCUCUGUGGCCACAGGCGUCAUGCUGCACACUCUGCUGCACCAGAGGAACUCAUCCAGACAUUUAAAACAGCAACGUACUAAGAAGAAAACUUUAUGAAACCACAUCUGGAUGUGCCUGAAGUUUAAAGAGCCUGUGACGUGCAAAUCCUUCAAAUACAAAAGGUCUAAGAAAUUAUUAUAUUUAUGAAACUUAGCAUAAUACACAUGAUUUUACCCAU